AACGCACUAUGGUGGAAGGGUCCACCGUGGUUAACGUCCGAUCCAGCGGAGUGGCCAAGUAUGUUUCCAGUCCAAGACGCCUGUGAAUUUCCUCCCGAAGUUCUCGAGGUGAAGCUUCGUACGCUUGCAGCCGUCACUCGAUCCACCGAAGCUCCCGACCGCACACUGUUCACCCGCUACUCGUCACUAACGAGACUCACCCGCAUCGCUGCAUAUUGCCGCAGAUUUGUGCGGUACUGUCGGGCCAAGCUCGCUGGAUUCCACCUACAAUCUAUUCCGUACCUUACCUCAGCAGAACUCCUUCAAGCACAAGAAGGCCUUGUGAAAGUUGUGCAAAAUGAGUGCUUCAGCCAAGAAAUCGCUAUGCUUCAGGCCAGAUGCGAAGCGGAUCUCAAGAAAUCCCCAUUACGUACCUUGAAUCCCUUCAUCCACGAUGAUGUACUUCUGGUCGGUGGCCGGCUGAACCACUCUUCAUACUCGUUCACGCGCAAGCAUCCAAUGCUUUUGCCUGCAGCGCAUCCGUUCACUUCACUGCUCGUUGAUUCGGUGCACAAGCAGCUUCUCCACGCUGGACCGCGUGCGAUGAUCGCACACAUCCGUGAACAAUAUUGGCCAUUAAACCUCCGUAACCUGGCACGGAGACACGUCAAAUCCUGCUUGCGUUGUUACCGCACACGACCACAAGCAGAACACCAGCUGAUGGGCCAACUUCCGAAAGUUCGCAUCACUCCGACCCGUGCGUUCCUCAACACGGGCGUUGACUUCUGUGGUCCCGUUUGGCUGAAGGUACCAGUACGUCGAACGAAACCAGCUCCACCGAUCCGAGCAUACGUCGCUGUAUUCGUAUGUAUGGCUACGAAGGCCGUACACCUUGAAUUGGUUGGCGAUCACAGCUCCGAAACCUUCAACGCAACGUUGAAACGGUUCGUUGCACGGCGAGGCAAGCCAAUCGCUCUGUUCUGUGACAAUGCCACCAACUUCAAGGGCGCAGACAGGGAACUCCGAGACCUCUGCAAGCAACUCAACGACCAACAACUACGACUGAAGAUAGCAUCGUUCUGCGCUGAAUCAUCCAUCCAGUUCAACUUCAUCCCCGCGAACGCUCCGACAUUCGGCGGCCUUUGGGAGGCCGCAGUCAAGGCUUUCAAGCAUCACUUUCGGUGA